CGGGAGGAGCGGAAAGAUAAGGGCUCUUUCGACUCUAAUUGAGCGACAAUUGCUGUGAGAACCGGAGACUGUGGUCCGCAAACUCAGCACAGGCAAGGUUAAAAAUGGGAAGGAAUUUGGCUCCAGGAAGCUCAAACAUGGCACGCCAGUUUUGUUGUCUCUGUCUAGAUAUUUAAGAAGUGGAGCAAGGGAUUCACUCGACCAUCCUUCCUGCUCAGACUGUGGGGAGGGAUUCAUUUGGUCAUUUGACAAAAUUGCAAGCCUGUCAUUUUACACAGGAGAAAGGCCGUUCACCUGCUCAGACAGUGGGAAUGGAUUCACUCAGUCAUUUCAACUGAAGGUAUAUCAGCAAGUUCACACUGGGCAAGGCCAUUAAUCUGUUCUGUGUGUGAAAAAGGAUUCUGCCGGGCAUCCCACCUGUGGACAAACCAGUCAGAUCACACUGGGCAGAGGCUGGUCAUCUGCUGAAUUUCGGGGAAGGGAUUCUCUGGGUCAUCUGACCUAAUGGUACACCAGUCAGUUCACACUGGAGAGUGGCCAUUCACCUGCUCAGACAGUGGGAAUGGAUUCACUUGGUUAUCUCAACUGAAGGUACAUGAGCAGGUUCACACUGGGCAAGGCCAUUCUGUUUGUGGGAAAUGAUUCUGUUGGUCAUCCCACCUGUGGGUACAUCAGUUAGAUCACACUGGGCACAGGCUGUCAUCUGCUGAAUUUCGGGGAAGGGUUUCUCUCGGUUAUCUGAUCUAAUGGCUCACCAGCGACUUCACACCAGGGGGCGGCCGUUCACCUGCAUAGUCUGUGGGAAUGGAUUCACUCAGUCAUCCCACCUACUGAGCCAUCAGCGAGUUCACACUGGGGAGAAGCCGUUCACAUGCUCAGUCUGUGGGAAGAGAUUCACUUGGUCAUCCCAACUACUGGCACACCAGUUUGUUCAUACUGGAGAGAAGCCGUUCACCUGCUCAGAAUGUGGGAAGGGAUUCACACUGUCAUCCCGCCUACUGAUCCAUCAGCGAGUUCACACUGGGGAGAAGCCGUUCACCUGCUCUGUCUGUGGGAAGAGAUUCACUGCAUCAUCCAACCUACUGGUACAUCAGCGAGAUCACCCUGGGGAGAGGCCAUUCAUCUGAUCCGUCUGUGGGAGGAGAUUCAG